GCGCCAGUGGUAAGCGCACAGAAAACCCAAACAAACACCAAUAGCAGCACUGCCAGGGCAUUCUACUCACACCGGAGUGUCACUUCGUUGUUAUUUGAAGACUUAAUGCGCCCUCGAGUCUAUUAAAGGUUGCUCUGCUCCGAAGAAGGUGCAGAUACUUGUGGAACACCAGGGAAACCAUCAGAAAACUGCUUUGUCAAACAAAAGGAAUUUGGACACCUUUUUUCCAUAAUCCUCAGUUUUUUUUCCUGCUCCAGGAAAAGUUAAAGACAAUUAGUAAAUAAUAUUGAAGAGUGGUUGACAUAUGGCAGCCUUUUGCUUGGUUUCUGAGCUGGCCUAUCUAUGAAAACAAGAGUUUCCCCUCUUUCUUCUUCAUCCAGAAAACUACACAUAGUUAAACGGGCAUUUUCACAAAUGUGAAAGCACAUCCUGCAACGAUAAAGACACCAUUAUUAUGCAUCACCCAGCAAGAUCUCCAUUUCACUAACCAGAAAUGAAAAUGAUAGCAAUGUAACACAGGUCCGAUUUCCUUCAUUGUCAUGUGACUUUGAAUCAGUGAGCAUUGUUUCCUUCCAACUCUGGCAGUCUUUUUUUUUUCCACCACAUUAAUGAGGUGAGCAGUGGGUUUUAGUCACCUCCAUUGCCUACAAAAGACUGUCCCUGAACUCUUUUUUUUUUCUGCGUGUGUUUCACUAGAUUCUAAAAUGAUUCGGUAAAAAGUUGAAUUGAUGCCAAAAACCUACUGGCCCACACAGUGUGGCAGGAUAACGCGUGUUUGGUUCUCCCCGACUUGGUGUCAAAGUGGAACUGCUACAAAGCCCUUCUCCACACUUGGACAAGAACACGACCUGGCUCUUGCGCUCCAGUGGGACUAAUACCCUCUAAAAAUAAAAGUUUUCAAUUCUGGCCCAGGAAAUGGCCCAACUGGAUCAGUGAAGACAACUUCAGAAGUUUACCUGGACUAUAAACCGUAGCACUUGGGACAGGAUUCACCUGGGAGUUGCGCAGGAUUAAAGUUCCUCGGAGACCACUGCGCUUUGGCUUUCGGAAAGCCCUCAACUUCCUAGUUGGGCCAGUUUUCUCGAUCACCAUUCCUGCAAUCCCUUGACCCAUCUCCCAGUGUUCCACUCUGGACGAAGGUAUCGGCCUGUGGGAAAAGGGGCUGUCCUGUCCUGGCAGAAGUUUCGAGGUGCUAGUCAUUGUGCCGCUCCCUGUCUGUCAGCGCCAGCGGGCCUGAAGAACCGAGCCCUGACUGACAGAGGGAGGAGGCCGAGGACUUCAGAGCCACUGACUCUGGGAUCCUGGCCAUGAGGUUUGAUGCCUCGAUCCACUGACCAGAAACACUGGACCUAAAUGGCGCAGCAUGACUUUGUCCCUGCCUGGCUUAACUUCUCCACACCCCAGCCUGCCAAGUCCCCUGCAGCCACCCUUGAUAAACAAGGUGAACCUCACCAUCACAGAGAGGGCAGAAAUGCUGUGAGCCGCCGGCGCCACAACUCUUCUGAUGGCUUCUUCAACAAUGGCUCCCUGCGCGCUCCAACAGGUGAUGGAUGGCAGCAGCCCUCGUUGCUUUUGAGACACGACUCUGUGGAUUCGGGGGUGGCCAAAGGUGGGCACAGUGGGCUGGCAGGAGGCUCGUGUUGGAAGGAUGCACCCAACUGGCAUGGAGGUCUGCGGGGUGCCCAGGACAGCCACCACCACCAGGGACGCCACCCGAAACGGGGAGGGGGCGACAGGGACAGGCAGGGAGGGCACCGGCAGCGCAAUGGUAACUUCCAUCCCCGUAAGGGCACCUCAUACCAGGACAAGUUUCCCAAUGAAGAACGCAAAGACAGCAAGGACGACAAGCUGAAGUUUGUGGAAGAGGACUUUCCUUCCCUCAACCCUGAAACAACUGGAAAGCCUGGAACUCAGAUGAGAACAGUGGCUCCCCAUGCUGGAGUGUGGGAAAAUCCCCCGAGCGGCAAGCAGAUGGUGUCCAAAAUGUUAGUUAUCAAGAAGGUUUCGAAGGAGGACCCCAGCACUGCCUUCUCUGCGGGCUUCGCCAGUGCCGGCGCCUUGCCUGCCAAUGGCGCUAAAGCUCCUAUCACCGGCUCAAGCGUCUACAAGAAUCUGGUCCCAAAGCCUGCUGUGGCCCCCACCAAAAGCACCCAGUGGAAAGCCGGCGGUAGAGAGAUUGCCAAGUCUAGCCGAGAUUCCGUCUUUACCAACCCCGUUUCUGCUGCCAAACCCAGCACCCCGGUCAGUGCACCACAGCACAACACCCCUAAGGAGCACCCUUCCAGCACGACUCCUCCCAUCGACAUUGCCCCGUCAAGGCUGAAGCUGAUGCGGCGCGGUCCGGACCGAAAGAGCGAAUUCCUGCGAGCUCUGAAGGACGAGGGCACUGGAGAGCUGACGACAAGCAGCAGCCCGGGAACAUCGGGAGAGGGUGAAAGUAGCACCCCUGAGCCCAAAGCCUACAGUGAGGAUGUCUGCCAUGAGAAUGGGCUGUCCUACUCCCUCAGCGACUCUGACACGGAACACCUGUCCAGCUCCCUGGAGGCUGAGCACAGGUUGCUGAAGUCCAUGGGCUGGCAGGAGUACCCCGAAAACGAUGACAACUUCCUGCCUCUGACAGAAGACGAGCUGAAAGAGUUCCAGACAAAAACCGAGCAGCUGAAGAGGAACGGCCUGCAGAGGAACGGGGUUCUGCCGAGGGCACGGGGCGUCACCCUCCACUUCACCCCCUGGAGGAGUGUGGCAGAGGCGCACGUCGAGGAGGGCUCAGAGUCUGAAACCAGUAGCAGCAGCCAGACUUCUGACGACGACGACGACUGCAUCAAAUCCUAACGUGGCUUUACGGAACAAAAAGAAAAAAAUAAACAACACAACAGCCAACACCACAUCUCAGCAAGCGACCUGCCCUCCUUCCUCUCUCAUCUUUGUUUUUAGAGCACCAUUUUGAAUUUCUUUUGAUUUAUUUUUUUUUUUGUUGUUGUUCUUGCACAAGGGAAAAACCAAUCAUAUCCCAGUGAAGGGGGAGAUUUCUGCUCUGCCAGACGUUGUUUUCCCUGCGUUUCCUCCUUCACUGCAAUCCCGCCCUCUCUGAACCUGCCCCCCCUCCUCCUUUUUCUUCCUCGCUUUGUGGAACUGAAGUGUUCAUCAAGAAAAAGAAGGGCAAUGAAUGCACACUUGAUUCUGCUUUAAACAGA